AUGGUUGGUGCCCUUUUUGCCGCCACCGCCACUGCUGCACCCCUUGAGGCUCGUGCUGCCAAGGCUACAAUCUACACUACCUGCAAAGUCCCAGGUACCUACGCCUUGACCUUUGACGACGGACCCUACCAAUACACCUGGGAUUUGGCAACCUCUCUUAACAAAUUGGGUGUUUCUGCCACCUUUUUCAUCAAUGGAAACAACUGGGUUAAUGCUGCUACUGACAGUGUCGUCACAUCUUCUGGAAAGAAGACCUACAUCAAUGUUAUCAAGCACCUUGAUGAAAUGGGCCACCAAAUUGCUAGCCACACCUACUCUCACAGAGACCUUAAGGGUCUCUCUGCUGCUGUAGUCAAGAAGGAGAUGACUGAUGUUGAGGCCAUUGUUAAAAAGGCAAUUGGCAAGAAGCCCACUUACAUGCGUCCUCCUUCUGGUGUCACUGAUGCCACCAGUCUUCAAGCUCUUGGUGACCUUGGUUACAAAGUUGUCUUGUGGGACAUUGAUACCAAUGACUGGAAGACCCACUCUCUCACUGCCGAGAAGGCUGAAUUUGCAAAUGUUAUGGGCAAGGAGACCGGCACCCCCAAGAAGGGCCACAUCUCUCUGAUGCACGAUGUUCACGAGCAGACCGUCAAGGAGCUUGUUCCCUGGGCUGUUCCUUACAUCAAGUCCAAGAAGUACAAGUUUGUCACUGUUGCCGAGUGUCUCGGUUUCUCAAAAGCCAGUGCUUACAAGGCUUAA